AUGUCAUUUUCAUUCCACUUUUUUUUCCUGCUAUACCAUUUUCAUUCUUAUUUCUUUCUUGCUUUACCAUUUUCAUUCCCUUUCUUUCUUUCUAUAUCAUUUCCUUUCCUAUUUCUUUCUUGCUUUACCAUUUUCAUUCCCCUUUCUUUCAUUACCAUUUUCAUUCCCCUUUCUUUCAUUACCAUUUUCAUUCCCCUUUCUUUCAUAACCAUUUUCAUUCCCCUUUCUUUCUUUACCAUUUUCAUUCCCCUUUCUUUCUUGCUUUACCAUUUUCAUUCCCCUUUCUUUCUUGCUUUACCAUUUUCAUUCCCCUUUCUUUCUUACUUUACCAUUUUCAUUCCCCUUUCUUUCUUGCUUUACCAUUUUCAUUCCCCUUUCUUUCUCGCUUUACCAUUUUCAUUCCCCUUUCUUUCUUGCUUUACCAUUUUCAUUCCCCUUUCUUUCUUGCUUCACCAUUUUCAUUCCUCUUUUUAUACCAUUUUCAUUCCUCUUUUUAUACCAUUUUCAUUCCUCUUUCUUUCUUUACCAUUUUCAUUCCUCUUUCUUUCUUUACCAUUUUCAUUCCUCUUUCUUUCUUUACCAUUUUCAUUCCUCUUUCUUUCUUUACCAUUUUCAUUCCUCUUUCUUUCUUUACCAUUUUCAUUCCUCUUUCUUUCUUUACCAUUUUCAUUCCUCUUUCUUUCUUUAUCAUUUUCAUUCCUCUUUCUUUCUUGCUUAACCAUUAUCAUCCCUCUCUCUUUUUGUUAUAUCAUUUUCAUUCUCCUUUCUUUCUUGCUUCACCAUUUUCAUUCUCCUUCCUUUCUUUCUAUAUUAUUUUCAUUUCCUUGUCUUUCUCACUAUACCAGUUUUAUCCCCUUUUCUUUCUUGCUUUAG